AUGGGCGGACCGCCGCUGCAGAUCGCCUGUCCGAGACGAUGGCUUCCUGGCUGCACGACAGCUUUGGCGCUGGCGGGGGCGAACAUGGACGUUUCCGUGGACUCGUCUAGCGGAGACGCAAUGGAGAAGGUGCCAGAAGACACACGGCAGGGUGCAGACCCCACCACAGAAGACUCGGAUGCAGUGGAGGAAGUCGCUCUGUGGACGCACGAGCGGGAGGAGGUGGCCGAGAGCCUCGGCCAGCUGUCGGCAGAGGUCUGGCAACAGCGGCUCGAUGAGGUGAAGGCGACCUUGCGAGGUGUGCCGGUUUGCACGUCGCCACAGUCUGCCGAGGCAGCUGUGUGCCCAUCUCUGGCAGUUGCCUACGCAGCACUGAGCUUCCUUUCUCUGGAGAGGAGGGUCGAUUUCUUCAAGAAUGAGGACUGGGACCUGUCCAGGCGUCUGGAGGUUCUGGAGAAGCAGAUGGUCGAGGUGCAGGGAAUGGCCCGAGCGCGGAGGGCGCUUGCCGGGGUCUUCUUGGACAAGUCCGGCUAG